AACAGGUAGAUGAAAUGCUGAGCUUAGAGCAGUCUUGAGCAAUGAAUAAUUCAUGAUAUGUAAAUUAGUUGAUCGGGUAAAAUCAGUCAGUGCUSAGACGAGCUAGAAGUCAGUACGCGGUCAGUCGGCAUGCCAASGGGGCUUGUACCCACUCCUUUAGUAAUUUUUUUGUGCAUACUUCAACAUCGAAAUGUCUCCAUCGGAAUCACCUCGGUUUUUCUCUGAGAAGGAGGUAGCCAAUCAUUCCACUAAAAACUCAUGUUGGGUAUUAACGGGGACGAGAAUUUAUGAUGUGACUGGAUUCCUUCGUAUUCACCCGGGUGGAGAGGCUCUGAUAUUAAGCCGGGCAGGGAAUGAUAUCAGGACGGAGAUGGAGGGGCCCCCACACCGGCACUCGGAGAACGCAAGUCGGUGGAUGGAACAGUACUACAUCGGAGAGCUGGACACAGACGGCAGUGCCGAUGAAAUACAGACGGCGAGGGAGAGGAAGAAGACUCAGGAGCACACAGUGGAUGAGGAGCCUUCACCCAUUAGCAAAUGCAGUCAAGUCAACCUGGACACGGACCUGGUGGACUGGCYGAAGCCCCUGGCCUGGCAGGUGGGCAACCUGGGAGAGAAAUACGAGACCUGGGUGCACCAGCCUGUGGAUCGGCCCAUUCGCCUGUUUGGGAACGAGUUCAUGGAGGCCAGCACCAAGACAUCCUGGUACAUGGUCCCUGCUGUGUGGAUGCCACUGGUGUUCUAUCUCAGCUGGUACUGCUACACCACCUUGGCUCAGGAGACAACCAGACUAUUCGCCAGCACAGACUAUUCCUUCCUGGUGCACAAGUACAGCUUUCCCCUCAUCUUUGUGAUGGGCAUGGUCAUAUGGACCUUCAUCGAAUAUUGCAUCCAUCGCUUCGUCUUUCACAUGCGCCCGCCCGCCCACAACUAUUACCUCAUCACCAUUCACUUCCUGCUGCACGGACAGCAUCAUAAGUCUCCCUACGAUGGCUCCCGCCUAGUCUUUCCUCCUUGCCUGGCCUCAGUGGUGAUAGGCAGCUUCUACCUGCUGCUGACCAAGGCCUUCCCUGAGGCCUUAGGGGUGUCCUUGUUUGUGGGGGGGCUGUUUGGGUACGUGGUGUACGACAUGAUCCAUUACUACCUUCACUACGGCUCCCCCCAGAAAAACUCCUACCUGUACAGCCUCAAGGCAUACCACGUCAAGCACCACUUUGAACACCAAAGAGCAGGUUUUGGAAUCAGCACCACAUUGUGGGACUAUCCGUUCAACACAUUGAUUCCUGAACAGACCUUUUAGAAGACCCAACUUACUCUACUCUCCACUGGGGGGCAACCUUCACCCAUCCAUCUUAGACCUGGCAAUCAACCCCUUCAAUGAUGCCAUACCCUUUGGCCCCAGCCUGUCCCUAUAGUCUGUCUGUCUGUCUGUCUGUCUGUCUGUCUGUCUGUCUGUCUGUCUGUCUGUCUCUGUCU